AUGUUCGUCGCCGCAAAGCUCCUCAAGACAGGCUACAAAGAAGCCAAAAAGCACAAGGCCAAGAAGCAGGCCCAAGCCCAGUCUCAAUACCCAAACCCCAACAAUGGCCCUUACCCAGAACCCUACCAAAUGUCCGGAUACCCUCAAGGCGUCGCGCCAGGCGUAGACGUACGCUACCAACCCGACACCCCACCACCAAGCAAACGCACCCGAGUGGUCUCAAUGCUCACAUCGGCUGUACGAUUCCUCCAAUUCGUCUUCGGUCUCGCAGUGAUCGGUCUUUACGGCCAAGACGUCCACCACGACCAUGAAGAUGGCAUAUCCUACAACGCGAAAUGGAUAUACGCAGUCAUCGUCGGAAUCCUCGCAACCUCUACCUCUGGAAUCCACAUGGUUCUCCCAUUCAUUAUUAAGGGCGUGAACAACUCUACAAAUCCCAAGUUGCAGCUUCCUCAGUUCGUGUGGGAGUUCGUCCUUUGCAUCCUCUGGUUAACGCUCUUCGGUGUCUUCGGCAAGAUGUAUAUCGGUGUUCAUGCUGAUGAUUCGAAUAAGUCGCUUGGUGAUGCGGCGAAGAUUAAUCGUAUGAGACAUGCUGCGUGGGUUGAUCUUGUUAAUCUGCUUAUGUGGGUGUUUACUGCUUCGUGGGCGCUUAUGAGGUGGCUUAAGAAUCGGAGGGCGGCUACUGAGUCGGACUCGGAGAUGGGAUAUGAUGUUGAGAAAGAGAAUCAGAUUUGA